GUCGUUUAAUCAGGCUCCCUUCUUGUUUGCAUAUUCGCUCACGAUCGGAGACUUCAGUCAGGAUGAGAGUUCACUUACUGUUUGCUCAACCGCGGGACUCUGCCUGAAAGGUGCCUCUCCGUUGUCCGAGUGUCGGGGUCGGCUGUCUCCGAAACACAUGGCUUUCCCUGCAGGAUUUGGAUGGGGGGCAGCCACCUCAGCUUAUCAAGUGGAAGGAGGCUGGGAUGCAGAUGGAAAAGGCCCUUGUGUCUGGGACACAUUCACCCAUCAGGGAGGAGAGAGAGUUUUCAAGAACCAGACUGGUGAUGUAGCUUGUGGCAGCUACACUCUGUGGGAGGAAGAUUUGAAAUGUAUCAAACAGCUUGGAUUGACUCAUUACCGCUUCUCUCUUUCCUGGUCACGUCUGUUACCUGAUGGGACGACAGGUUUCAUCAACCAGAAAGGAAUAGACUAUUAUAACAAGAUCAUUGACGAUUUGUUAGCAAAUGGGGUCACACCCAUCGUGACCCUCUACCACUUUGACUUGCCUCAGGCCUUGGAAGACCAAGAAGGUUGGCUCUCAGAGGCAAUCAUCGAAUCCUUCGACAAAUAUGCCCGGUUUUGCUUCAGUACGUUCGGGGAUCGAGUCAAGCAGUGGAUCACCAUAAAUGAGCCUAAUAUUUUUGCUGUGAUGGCAUAUGAGUUUGGUGUAUUUCCUCCUGGUGUGCCUCACGUUGGAACUAAGGUUUAUCAGGCAGCUCAUAAUUUGAUUAAAGCUCAUGCCAGAUCCUGGCACAGCUAUGAUUCCUUAUUCCGAAAAGAGCAGAAGGGCAUGGUAUCUCUAUCAAUUUUUGCUGGCUGGGCAGAACCAGCAGAACCCUACUCAGUGUCUGACCAGGAAGCAGUUAAAAGAGCCAUGGCAUUCCAACUGGACUUCUUUGCUAAACCCAUAUUUAUUGAUGGCGAUUAUCCUGAAGUUGUCAAGUCUCAGGUUGCCCUCAUGAGUAAAAAGCAGGGCUACUCAUCAUCACGGCUUCCGGAAUUUACAGAAGAAGAGAAGAGGAUGAUCAAAGGCACUGCUGAUUUCUUUGCUGUGCAGUAUUACACAACUCGCUUAGUCAAGAACCAGGAGAACAGGAAAGGAGAACUGGGUUUACUCCAGGAUGUGGAGGUUGAAGUUUUUCCAGACCCAUCUUGGAUAAGUUUGAAUUGGGUCUGUGUGGUGCCAUGGGGAAUACGUAAGCUACUGAAAUACAUUAAGGAUACAUAUAAUAACCCUGUAAUUUACAUCACCGAGAAUGGGUUUCCCCAGGGUGACCCCACAUCUUUUGAUGACACUCAGCGCUGGGAGUAUUUCAGACAGACAUUUCAGGAACUGUUCAAAGCUAUCCAACUUGACAAAGUCAAUCUUCAAGUAUACUGUGCCUGGUCUCUCCUGGAUAACUUUGAGUGGAACCAGGGAUACAGCAGCCGGUUUGGUCUCUUCCAUGUUGAUUUUGAAGAUCCAGCAAGACCCCGAGUCCCUUACACAUCAGCCAAGGAGUAUGCUAAGAUCAUCCGAAACAAUGGCCUGGAGGGGCCUCCAUAGAAAACAUAGCUGGGUAAUUUCACCUGGAGAAGGACUCUGCCCUCGGAAAUGGAAUCUGCUUUGGUGACCCUUGCAGACAUCCUCAAGUUGCCUUGGUAAUCAGUAUGUCCUACCAGCUGAUCUGUGAUCAUGAAGUCUGAAUAUGUAGUGCCUGGAAAUUAUUUAAUGAUGGCUUUUACUCUAUUUGUAUUUGAUCAAUGAGGCUUUUGAAUAAGUAGAAAACCAUUGCAAUUGAU